AUGGCAGACCCCGAAAAAGCUCGACUACUAAGUCUUCUGGAAGAUCACGGCAGAUCGUUUCUUAGUUCUUUCGCCUCGACCAGUGGGCAAACAAAAAAGAGGAAACACCCUCCUAAUACCCAACCAGAACAACCUGCCGACAAAAUCGCGAAAGUACACGAGGACGAGGCCGAAGAAUGGUUUGGGAUUGCACAAGAAUCUUUAUCGAAUGCUUAUUCUGAAGAAAGCGGUGAAGAACAGCAAGAUAGCGGCAGCGAAUUCGAACAUACUGACGAUGAAUUCACCACCUCAAAUCUUGCCUAUAAAACAGACAAUAAGGUAAUUGUAUUUUCGGAGCCGGGGCCUAAGAAAAAAUCAGAUGAAGGGUACGACUACGCUUCAAAAGCGCAGAUGAAGGCUUUCAUGUCUUCAAAGAUCACAAAGUUAACGGGAGCAACGGAACCUUCGACAUUUAAAAAAGACCCCAAAGAAGAGGACGAAGACAAAACAAAUGCACAAAACGACGCCCUCCUUCAUAAAUUGGUACACACCAAGCUACUCUCAGGCUCGUUGAAUCCAGAUUUGAAUUUGCCGUCAGCCAAACGGCGUAAAGCAUUGGCUGGUCGCGUAUUGGAACUAACGGGUGAAGCAAAAUUGGGAAAAGGAGAAAGAGCAGUACGCAAUGCUGAAAAAACCAAAGCUUCAAAACGUGUCCGGGAAGGCCUGACCAACAAACAGAAGGAGCGCAGUCUUCAAGAGCUAGAAGAGGCUAAAAAUCUAGGUAAUUAUCACCCGACGUUGAAGAAAGUUUUCGAAGCCUCUACUCCUGCAUCCAAGUCAAAAAGCCGAGUUAAGGGUCUCAAAAUGGGUGUCGGUAAAUUUUCCAACGGGUCCCUUCGGCUGGGUCGCGAAGACGUUGAUAAAGCUCUUGGUACCCGAGGUUUCAGCUAUGGGGAUUCUGUUCGUGGAAGAGGGGGUUCAAGAAGUCGUGGAAAACGGAAAUAA